AUGCCAUCAAGGGUCCAGCAACAAUCACACCGCGACACGCAAGGCAGAGGCUUGCAGAAUGAGCUCACUGACUACGACGAGAGCCUUCUACUAGACCGCGCAUUCGUGCAAACUCCCGCUCAUGGGUUUGGCUUUGGUGGGGACGAAGAGGCUGGCACAGGGCAUGUUGAAGAGCCAGGUCCCAUCCUCAGCACCGCGCUUGCUGUCUUCUGCUACUGGGCAUGCGCAUGCGCAUACACCGUGUUCCUCUUCAUCCCAAUCUACGACACUACCUUGGAUGAUUUUCACAUCAAGGCAUCCGCGCACAUCUUGCUGCUGUUCCUGGCGCUGCUGUUGGAGUCGUACCUGCGGGUGCAGCACAGGAAGCGGCAGCAGGCUGGCUUCCUUGCCUUCUACUGGAGCACUCGUGGGCUGCUGUCUAUCCCCAGCCGUGUCACAGCGGUGGGACAGGGCGUGGUGACGAUGGUGGCGUUCUGGCCGGACGUGCCUGCGCAGCUGAACCAGCUGCGCAAGCUGCAGCUCAUCACAUGCAUCGAGCUGGCCGCCAUCACUGCCUUUGCGGUGGCGUAUGCCUACCAGGUCUGGCGCCACAACCACGAGGCGCAGCCAGAUGCGCAGCUGUACCUGCGCACCCCUCUGUACCCCACCCCAACCCCCUCCCACAGGGGGACUGGGGCGGUGGUGGAGCACCAGGCGGAGGCCAUGCGCUGGCUCAGCAAGCGCUGCCAGAACCUGCAGCGCGAAGUACUGCGCCUCAGCAUCGCCAGGGACAGGGAGGAGGAGGGGGUGAGCGCCGGGGUUGAUGUGUGCCGGACGGAUUUGGAGCACCGGCUGGCGGCGCGAGAGAGGGAGCUGCGCGCGCUGGCGGCCGAGAAGGACGUGCUGUCGCAGCAGGCGCGCGCCGCGUGGAGCCUCCUUGAUGAGCGCACCGCAGCCGCGCACGAGCUCGAGGUGGUGAAGCAGCAGCAGAUGGAUGAGAACGCCAGGCUGCGAGCCACCCUGGAGGAGUGGAGCCACCGCAACGCCAGGUUGGAGGCACGGCUGAACCGCACUCAGGGCCGACUGGGAGACGCGCUGACGCAAGCAGCAGAGCUGCGGCGCUCGAGCGAUACAAGCCCAAGCGGCAACAGCAGCCAGUCCUGA